AUGGUAAGAGAGACACAGCUUGUGAUUUCACCGGUGGUGGAUGGAGCUCCUGAAGCCAGGGCCUGGAGCCUGGUGGAGCUGGCCGCUGCUGCUGCUGGCCCGGUGGUGGAAGCUGCUGCUGGCCCGGUGGUGGAAGUUACUGCUGGCCCGGUGGUGGAAGCCGCCGCUGCUACUGCUGGCCCGUUGGUGACGUCACCUGGAGCUGACAGGAUGAGUUUGAGCAGUAACUGCUCUCUGAUUAUCAACAACAUCACUGCUGAAGAUGCUGGUGAUUACACCUGUUGGAAUGGAUAUGGUGAUGAUUACUCCCACACAUCUGUGUUUCUGAUAGUUUUAACAGUCUCUCCAUCUCCACCAGAUGUGGAUCCAGGAAGGGAUGGAGACGUGACAUUACGCUGUUCCCUGGUGAAAUACCGUUAUUUCCUGUCCUGUGAGCAGGACAGCAUCAUCUGGGUGGAUGAGACAGGAAGUGUGCUGCUUGGUGAAGGUGAUGGGUUUGUGUCUGGAGGACAGAACAACUGUGUCUCUGAUCUGAUGGUGAAACAUCAGAGACACUCCAAGAGAAGAUUCACCUGCCAGGUUGCUGAAGGAAACAGCAGGAACCAGCGUGAGAACAAUCAUUCUCUACCACAGGGCUGGAGAUGA